GUAUAGAAUAAAAUAAUGGAUCAUUUAAUUAUCUUGGUGGCUUUAGUACAUUUAUUGUACUGUCCAUUUACAAAAGUGGAAGAAAGUUUCAAUCUACAGGCUAUGCACGACAUUUUAUACCAUGGUUUUAACCUGUCGGAGGUUGCUGACAUACAAUCAAAGAGAUAUUACGCAAAAACUUAGACAUUAUAUUUAGAAGCAGAUGCAUGUAUUUAUAAACUUACGAUCAGCUGAUAUAGUUUCUGCACGCUUGAAGACUUCGCUAAUAUAUUAAUUUCUGCUUUCAUUAAAGUGAAAUAUGACCAUCAUGAAUUUCCUGGAGUUGUGCCACGAUCAUUCAUGGGACCAAUUAUAAUAUCAGGCUUGGCAUCGCCAUUAAUAGCAAUCAUUAAUUAUUUGCAACUUAAUAAAUUUUUUGCUCAAUACGUUGUAAGAGCAACAUUGGGUUUGUUAGUAAUAGGCACAUUGAAGCUAUAUAAAGAUGCUUUACAAAGCAUAUUUGGUUUGCAAUUUACAAAAUGGCUUGUUGCAAUUACUGUGACACAAUAUCACUUUAUGUAUUAUCUAAGUCGUCCAUUACCAAAUAUAAUGGCUAUGCCACUAGUACUACUGGCUUUGUAUGGAUGGUUGAAACAAAAUCACAUGAUAUUUAUUUGGUCAUCUGCAGCAGCAAUAAUAAUAUUCAGAGCAGAACUUGCCAUGCUACUGGGAUUAUUUCUUUUGUACGAUAUAGCCAACAAGAAACUAACCAUACUAAGACUGUUUAAAAUUGCGAUUCCGGCCGGUAUAUUUUUUCUAACGCUAACGAUCACAGUAGACUCUAUAUUUUGGAGACGAUUAUUAUGGCCUGAAGGAGAAGUAUUUUACUUUAACACUAUCCUUAAUAAAAGCAGCGAAUGGGGUACAUCGCCAUUCUUGUGGUAUUUUUACUCAGCUCUGCCUCGUGGGUUAGGUUUAUCUUACUUUUUAAUACCUUUGGGUAUGUUAUGGGAUGCACGAGUUCGAGCAUUAACAGUUCCUGGUAUAGCAUUUGUUGCAUUAUUCUCAUUUUUACCACAUAAAGAAUUGAGGUUUAUUAUAUAUGUCUUUCCACUGCUAAAUGUUAGUGCUGCAGCCGUUUGUCAUAGAAUAUGGGAAAACAGAGGGAAAAGUCCAUGGAAUGGAAUUUUAGCACUAAUCAUUUUAGGCCAUCUAGUUUUAAAUACUCUAUUUUCUAUGUUUCUUUUAUGUGUCGCUGGUUCUAACUAUCCUGGUGGUUUAGCUAUUGCUAAAUUACAUAGACUCGAAAAAGAUUCUAUCAACCCAGUGCAUAUACACAUUGAUGUUCUAACUGCACAAACAGGAGUUUCAAGAUUUACGCAAACAAAUAGUUCUUGGAUUUAUUCAAAACAAGAAAAUUUGACUAUUGACAGUCCUGAAAUGCUUCAAUUUACACAUCUUUUAAUGGAAGCCAAAAGUAAAUACUCACCCAAUAUAAAACCAUAUCUUAAAACACAUGAUAUCUUAGAUUCUGUAGAUGGUUUUUCUCAUAUAGCAUUAAAUUAUAAUAUGUUACCACCAAUAAGGAUAAAAACUAGACCAAUUAUAUUUAUCAUGAAAAGAAAGCCUAAUAUACGAUAUGAUCCCAAGAAAGCAUCACUGCAGAAAGUUUUGAAACAGUCAAAGGAAAAUGCUACAAAGAAAAGUAUAGGCAGCAAGGAUGUCAUAAAUGACACUGUACAAGAUAUGGAACCAAUAUUGGAUGAAAUAAUGGAGUCGUUGGAGCAAUUUGAAAAACCAUUAAAUACUAAUGAUGUAAAUAUAUUAGAUGUAGAAGUGCCAGAAGAUGAAUUAAAUAACGAAACAAACGAACCUACCGAACUCAUUGAAUCAUUAAGCGCAGAAAAGUUACCCAAUAACAUAUCUGAGAAUAACUUGUCACAGUUAAACACAUCAAUCAACGAAAAAAACCUACAGACCAUACAAGAGCUACAAAAUGAUAUCAUGACUGAAAGCAAUACUGAAUUGCAAUCUGAUGUUGAGAAUAAUUCUAAUAUUAGUGAACAAAAGUUGGAUAUAAAGGAAGAAGAAAAUAAAAAGAUAGAAGUAGCUAAAGAAAGAUUAAAACUUGAUAAUGCUCAACAAGAUAGUAGCAUUUUAAAGGAAGUUGUUAAAAAACUUAUUCAAGAAAAACUAGAGGCAGUUAAAUUAAGAAAAGAUGCAACAGACGAGAAAGUAUUACCAGAAAUUCCACAGAAAAUUAAUGCUAAAGUGAAAAGAAUAAUUCCAAUAAAAAUAGAGUCAUCACAAAAAAUAAAAAUUAUAACAAAGCAAGACUUGAAAGAAAAAUAUUCAGUGAUUCAAGAAUUAAAAGAAAAACCUGCAAUAGCUCAAGAGAUAAAAGAAAAACCUGUAAUAGCUCAAGAGAUAAAAGAAAAACCUGUAAUAAUUAAAGAAAUAAAAGAAAGACCUAUGAUAAUUCAAGAGACAAAAGAAAAACCUAUGAUAAAGCAAGAACUAAAAGAAAAGUCUGCACUUAAUAUGAAAGAAAGCAUCAGAAAUAUAAUCAAUCAAUUUAAAGAAUUCGAAAAAGAUUUUGUACAUGAAGAUUCAGAAAUAGAUAAAAAAGAAUUAGAUGUUAAAUAUAAUGAGCAACCUACAGAAACAAGUACAAAAAAAGCAGAAGAUUUACUAAAAAUAGAUAUUAUGACAGAAAGUAGAGGUGUAAAAACAAUCAGAGAUGCCAAAGAAAGUCUACGGGACAUAAUAAAUCAGUUUAAACAAAUAAAAAGCGAAUUAACUUCAGAAGAAGACGAUCUAUUUGAAAAGAUUGAAGCUACAUAUAUGGAACGACCAAUUGCAGAAACGUUAAUGCAGUUUAGUGAAGCUUUAAAAAAUUUAGUACAACGAAGAAAAAAAAGUAAGACAUUUAGUAUAAACACUUUUGAAAAUAAAAAUGAUAAACCUAAACCACAAAUUUUACCAAAGCUGACAGUAGGGAAUCAUCAGUUUCCAACAGAAUCUCCAAAAAAUUCAAAAAUGCAGAAUUAUAAUAAUGAAGGAAAGAUAUAUAAUACAGAAAAAGCAGAAAAAAUCAUUCGAAAUAUUAAUGGAAAUGAUGGCUCAAGCCAAGAUGCAAAUAAAGUUUUACAAGAAAGGUAUUUUAUCACGUAUACCAAUAACAAAAACGUCCCCAUAAAUGCUCAAAAAUCUAGUAAUAGUGUUUCAAACACUGUAGUAAAUGACUAUACUUCCAACGAAAAAGAUGAAAUGACGCAAAAAAAAAUGAGAAAUAGCUCAAAUUGAAUGUUGAAAUAUCUCAUUAUUUUAUGCUUUUUAAUAGUACAGUUAUAUAAUUAUAUUAAGCUGUAAAUACGUUGUUCUGUGAUAACAAAAAUGUAUAUCUUAAUUAAUGCUCAUGCAUUACCAACACGGAAAAGAACGAAAUUUAUUUUUCCUGUGUUAUUGUCUAAAAUAUCAAAAAACACUGAAAAAUGAUAAAGCAUUUGUUUAAUAUAUAGUAUCACAAAGAUGCCACAACUGUUAUUUUGUAUGUAUACUUGUUAAAAACAAAAAUUCAAAUUAGAAAUUUAGAUAUUUAACAUAAUAGAAGUUUACAUAUUUAAUAUUAACAUGUAUGUAUAUAGUAAUUGUUUUGUGUAUUGUAAAAAUAUCUUAUUAAUUUUUUAUAUGUUUAGAUGUUGAUAUAUUUAUCUAUAUAUUAUGUUAUUUGAUAGAAAACUAAUAUUUACCAAUGCAUGUUUUAAAAAAAAGGGCAUAAUUCUAUUAUUCACCCUUGACUGUUUACAAUUUUGCUAAGCUGCCUUAUGAGAAUGGUCUCAUUAUUUUCUCUUUUCUAUCCUGGCAUUUAAAUUUUGCUUUCUCAUAUCCUGUGCUUUUCCUGUUGUAGCUAAGACAUUACCAUGUCUUAUAUUACUUAAGUUUAUUUCUUUAAUCAUAUUCUCAUCAGAUAGAGCUUAUCACAAAAAGAAAGUACAUUCAUUUCCAUAUUGGUAUUUGCAGAGCAUUCAAGUGCCUUAAAGUCUCUUCCAAAUUCUAUAUGUUGUAAAAUAUUAAAAAAUUAUAUGUAUACAUGUAUAACAUACUAUGUAUUAAUAUUUUGCAAUAAGUAAAAGUGAUUUAAUAUCAAAA